UGAUACUAGGUAAUGAAAAGAAGUCCCUAAAGUUUAUUUAAUUAGAAAAAAAAGAAAACAAAAGUAAAAGACAUGUUUAGACUUCACACCGUCUUAAUAUUAAAUAUAGGGUUAAUUAUGUUUUUAGUCCCUCUACUAUUAUCGUUUUUUGGAAUUGGUCCCUCUCCCAAAAGUUAAACCAUUUUGGUCCUCGUGAUUUUGGAACUACUGACUUUAGUCCCUAAUUUGUGAACGGCGUUAAGUCUGUGACUGCGUGGCAAACGGCGUUCCACCUAGGCUGGUCAUCUGAUGACACGUGUCUACUCAGAUGGUGACACGUGUUAAAUUUAAUUUAUAAUUAAUAAAUUUAAUUUUUUUCCUUCAUUAAGUCGUUUAAUAAUUAUUUUAUAAUACAAAUUUUAAAACCUUGAAUUUGAGCACGUGGUUGGCAUUAUGAAUUAGCAGCGUCAUUCUGUGGUUCCUAAGUUAGGGAGAAAGAUUUUCUCCGCGAAAGCUCAUUUGCUGUGCCGGUGAGAGUGGAAAAUCAAACGUCUAGAUUCCGUUUUGGGCGAGGUUGUUUGAAGUUGUUGGUGUAGCUGGUGACUGGCUUUCUCGACGAGGUUGCAAGAGCAGAGCAUUGGUUGGAAGCAGAGGUAAGUUUUUUCCCUUGUCACUUUGAUUUAGGGUUUCAGUGGUUUUCAUUUGGGGGGAAAUCUAUUGCGCAUUUGGAGGUCCAAUUUGCAGCAGCUGUGUUAGUGUGGGUUCGAUUUGUGGUUGGGUUUGAUGGGUUUAGGGUUGUGUUUUGGUUGUUAUACAGAUGGUUUUUUCAGUGGUUUUCCGGCACAUGGGGAAGUUUGAAAGAUUUAGGGGAAGGAUGCUGCGUUACGAAGGUGGAGAAGAGCAUGUAGUUUGUGGACUGGAUCCAGAUAUGUGGUCGUACUUCGAAGCAUUGGGUAUUCUGAAGAAGGAUUUCAAGUAUGAUGGAGAACUUUAUAUGUGGUGGAAGCCGAAGAAGGGGAGAAUGGAUAGAGAUCUAAGGCCAUUAUGUGACGAUAGACAUGCUUUGGAGUUGGCCGAAUAUGCAGAAAAUAAAAACGAGGAGGUUGAGAUUUAUGUGGAGCAUGUGGUUAGUUCUGCUCAAGUUGUUGAACUUAUUGAAGGGCCUGCUGUUGGGACAAAUGAGGAGGUUGUUGCUGCUGUUAAUGUUGGUGUGAUACUUGAAGAACAGGGUGCUGCUGCUGGGCCAAAUGAAGAAGAAGAAACUGUUGUUCAUAAUGGUGGUGAGGUGAAUGAAGAAGAGGCAAACGCUGCUGCUGCUGGGUCAAAUGAAGAAGAAUCAACUGCUGUUCAUAAUGGUGGUGAGGUGAAUGAAGAAGAAGCAAACGAUGCUGCUGCUGGGCCAAAUGAAGAAGAAUCAAACGCUGUUCAUAAUGGUGGUGAGGUGAAUGAAGAAGAGGCAAACGCUGGUGUUGAAUCUGGUGAUGAAUCUGGUGUUGUUUCAGGUGAUGAUCAAGGUGAUGAAUUGGAUGAGAGUGAGGAAGAAAGACAUAGAGAUGAUGAUGACUGUUUUGGGUUGGAAGAUAUUCCACGCAGGCAUUUUUCUCAAGUUUUGGACAGGUGGAAAAAAUUCAAACAAGAGUGGAAAAAUAGGAAGAGGUCAAGAACAACUGCUAUACUUACAGCUGAAGGAAACCAAAGUGAAGGUGUGGGUACUUCUACCACACAACAGAGUACUGCUGAUCAUGAAAUAGAUGCGCACUACAGCACUGAUGAGCUAGAUAGUGAUGUUGACAUUGCUUAUGGGGAUGGUGGGAGGAAAUACCCAAUAUUCAGGGGCGAAGACAUGUGCAAGGAAUUCAAAUUCAAACUUGGGAUGGAGUUUUCUUCCUUGAAACAAUUCAAGCAAGCUUUGAUGGAGCAUUCUGUGUUGAAUGGCAGAGAAGUUAAAUUUGUGAAGAAUGAUGAUGUCCGAGUGAGGGCUAUUUGCAAAAGGAAGUGUGGAUUUUUGAUUUUAUGCAGCAAAGUUGGAGGAAGUCAAACUUUUAGGGUGAAGACCUUGAUUGAUAGUCAUAAUUGUGGCAGAGUUUUUGUCAACAAGAAUGCAAACAAAGAAUGGGUUUCCAAAAUUGUAGUUGAUAAGUUUAGAAAUGUUGGGAGAAUGACAGCCAAUGAAAUAAUUGAUGAUGUCCGAAGGUCGUACAGUGUUGCAAUAACCCCCUGGAGGGCUUGUAGAGCAAAAGAGAUUGCAAUGGACAUUCUUGAAGGAGAUGGGCAAAAACAAUACAAUAUGCUAUAUGAUUAUGCUGCAGAGCUAAGGAGAGUGUCUACUGAAACAACAGUUAAGAUAAAAAUUAAUCAACCUCAGCCCACAUUGCAGCCACGGUUUGGUUCUUUCUAUUUGUGUCUAGAUGGGUGCAAAAAAGGGUUCGUGAAUGGCUGUAGACCAUUCAUAGGUGUUGAUGGAUGUCAUUUAAAGACUACCUAUGGAGGCCAACUUUUAGUUGCUGUGGCAAGGGAUCCAAAUGACCAGUACUUUCCACUGGCAUUUGCUGUUGUAGAGAAUGAGUGCAAGGAGACUUGGAGGUGGUUCCUAACAUUAUUGUUAGAGGACAUUGGAGACAUUCAAAGUAAUCGAUGGGUAUUUAUUUCGGACCAGCAGAAGGGACUGAUGCAAGUAUUUGAUGAACUAUUGCAUGGAGUGGAGCAUCGAUUUUGUCUAAGGCAUCUGUACAGCAACUACAAGAAGAGAUUUGGUGGUGGUAUAGUGAUUAGGAAUCUCAUGAUGGCUGCUGCUAAAGCCAUAUACUACCAAGGGUGGGAAGCAAGUAUGGAAGAGCUCAAGAAGGUCAAUGAAGAAGCUGCUGAAUGGUUACAUGCAAUUCCACGUAAGUCUUGGUGUAAACAUGCAUUUAGUGCAUAUUCUAGGUGUGAUGUCCUCAUGAACAACUUAUAAGAGUCAUUUAAUAGCACUAUAUUGUUAGCUAGGGAUAAACCAAUUAUAACAAUGAUGGAGUGGAUUAGGACAUACUUGAUGAGUAGGUUUGCACAUUUGCGGGAAAAAUUAACUGCAUUUACUGGUGUUGUAAUGCCUAAACCUAACAAAAGGCUAGAUAGGGAAAUAGAGAAAAGUGGAAACUAGUUUGCUGUUUGGACUGGAGAUGGUAAGUUUGAAGUUACACAAGGAUUCACCAUGGAUAAAUUCAUAGUUGACCUCACAAACCACAGCUGCACAUGUUAUUUUUGGGACUUAGUUGGCAUACCAUGUAGACAUGUCGUGGCUGCAAUCAAUUACAGGGUAGAACAACCCUCUGAUUAUGUGCAUGCUUAUUACAAAAGGGAGGCUUAUGAAGCUUGUUAUGGGUCACCAAUUUCACCCAUUAAUGGCCAACAACUGUGGCCUAAAAGUAAUGGACCACAAAUCCUACCCCCAAUAUUUAAGACUCCUCCUGGGAGGCCACGAAAAUUAAGAAGAAGAGAACCUGAUGAAGAUGUCAGCCACUCUAGGUUGGGGAAGAAGCAUCUUAGAAUGAAGUGCAGUAACUGUGGCCAGUUUGAUCACAACAUCAGAAGCUGCAAGCAGGGAAAAACUAACAAGGGAAAACAGAAAAGGAAGAAGUCUGCAAAAACUGCAGCUGCUACUGGCAAGGCAUCCGGGAGGAACACCACUUUAAGAUCUGCUACCACCACAACCAGGAAAUUUAAUAGGAAGGGAGGAAGGUCAUGGAAGCUCCCAAGCGGCGCACCAACUUUAGGUUCACAAGCAAGUUCAAGCAACCCACCUAGCGGACAACCCAUGUGAACAAUAUUGGGAGUUGUGUUUUGUAGUGAUGGUCACAUGGAUAUUUUGAAGUAAAUGUAUUUUUUGUUAGCUGUGAUGCAGAGUUCCAGCUGUUGUUGUUUUAGCUUUAGCAGACAUCUAGGACCACUUGGAUCACUGUUUUCAAUAGUAUAUGUCAUGCACUGUUAACAUUUAUUUUUUGCUUCGUCCUUUAUCAAUCAUGGGCAGGUUCUAAAUUGAUGCUCCAAUUUCUAAAUUGGAUUAUUAAAGUGUACAAAUUUGGGUUAAUGGUGCCA